UUAUUGCGGUAACUGAGUAACUGACGUAACUUCAAAGUGUGCAAUUAAACGUCGAAUAUGUCUUGCAUAAAUUACUCGUCACGCACAGAAGGCCAGAGGAAAAUAAAUACUAUAAUAUGGUCAAUACCUCAUUUCAUAAAUCUCUUAGAUAAGACAACUAGAGAAUUCAGGACUGAAAGUUCAGACUCCAAAGUUGAAUUGAAGGAGCCAAGAUUUCAGUUGAAGAUGCAAUUUUUGGGAAGAGACAAUAAUUUGAUUGAGAUUUACUACCUGUCCCCUAGUCCUGUUUUUCUGAAAUGUAUCUUGACCAUUUGCUUGAAACGAUAUGAAGAGCGCUCCGUGAUCGAGAAGGACUACAACACAGUCCAGGCAAAUAAAUGGCAGUACUUGACAACUUUAUACAAAAGAGAUAUUAUAAACGAGCGGGACAUCAUACUUCUUAGUGAUGGAACAUUAAGACUCAAAUUCCAGUUUAUGAUUACAAAUGAUAUAAGAGUUGACCGAACGCAUAUUCCUGCAGCCCAACUAAGCAAUGACUUUGAAAAUUUGCUAGAGAAUGGGCUAUUCUCCGAUGUUAUCAUGAAAUCAGUUGAAGGGGUUGAAUUUAAAGUGCAUAAGGCUGUUUUGGCGAGUCGCAGCACCGUCUUAAAAGCACACUUUGAACAUAAUACUAUAGAAUGUCAUACAAAUGUUUUAGAAUCUCCGCUUGACUCUGAUGCUUUACGAGAAGUAUUGACUUUUAUUUAUACUGAUAAAGCUCCGAGUGUAGAUGAAAAUCCUGAAAGGUUAUUGGCUGCUGCGGAUUACUACCAACUUAGCAGGCUGAAGAGCCUGUGCGAGGAAGCUUUACACAAGAAAUUGACUGUUGAGAAUGCUAUAGAAACUUUGCAGUUGGCCGGACUGCAUUCUGCAAGCGCACUAGAACAACUAACUCUUGAAUUCAUAAAGGAUGGUCAAGCGAAGCUGAUUAUUAAGACUGAAGGCUGGGCAAAGGUGAAAUCUGUUGAUCUGAUUAAGAGAAUCUAUGAAUAUAUUGUGAAUGAUGAUGUUGAUACUGAUAUCAAAUAAAAUAUUCAUUAUUAAAACUGGGAAUAA